GCAUGUCGCCGUGCCGUGUCGUGACCUUCAUAUAUUCGUCCAAAGCGCGGGCUAUUUGUUGGCUAUUUGUCGGCACGUCGCGUGCCGUGUCGUGACCUUUUUUCGGAGUAUUUUACUGCCAAUAUCGCCGUCUUAUUUUGUCAUGUCAAUUUAUUGAUUGAUCAAAUCGAAUAGAAAAGUAUCAAAUCCAUUGAUCGGCUGAGUAUCUGAUACUGGUUGAUUGUUUGGUCGGGCGCUACGUUGGAGUUGAGCGAAGGGAACAGGGACGGGAGUAGAAGAUGCAGGCUACCAAGAUGAUCGCGCCCCCGCAUAACUUCGGCUGUGAGAGUACAUCGAAAUACCAUGCGCGGCAAGCGGAUAUGAGAGGGCUGGCGAGGGUGGGGGUGGAGUCCGUGAGGGCUGCCGAUAGUCUUGUGACACGUGGCGUGGACGCUGCCACCGCCUUUUGCAAGGUUCUGCGCCAGGGGGAGGUUCAUGGCACUCUUGGUGUUACGUACAGUGCCACGUCAGCAGUGCCAUGUCAGCAGUGCCACGUCAACAGUGCCAUGCCAGCAACAGUGCCACAUCAGCAGUGCCACGUCAGUAGUGCCACAUCAGCAACAGUGCCACGUCAGCAACAGUGCCACGUCAGCAAUGCCAUAGUGCCACGUCAGCAGUGCCCCGCCAUCAUGACGGGCUCAGUUUUGGGCAUGCCAGGCCAACUGGCAAAUGAGUCCAUUGCCGGGUACCGACAGCGUUUCGAAACUCAGCUCGCACUAAUCGCGGCUGAGGAACAUCACCAAUUGGCAGCCGAGGCUGUCUGCCUACAGGUUGAAGCGGCGGCAACAACUGAGAAGCAGCGACUUCAAGCCGAAGCUGAAGCAGAUACCCAGGCACGCCGCAAGGAGGCCCAGGAUCUGCUACAGCGGCAUGAAGCCACCAGCAUCGAAAAGCUCAAGUUUUGGCACUUUGAACCAUCCGAGGAGCACGACGACGCGACACCGGAGGAGCAGCAUAAGGAAUUCAUGGGCAAACUCGUGACUAGGUUGGUUUACACUUGUAACCACCUGCAGUCCGAGUUGGCGAACCUCCAGCGGGCCGUACGGAACCACAAGGCUCAGCACGAGGAUGCAGCACGGGCACUUGAUUCCCGUGUACAGGACUUGGAGCAAACUGCACCAAGACCGGAGGCUGGCGAGUCCAGCAGUGCACUCUCUGCCCGCCAACUGGAGGAACGAGUUGACCACGUACAACUGCAGCUGCCUAACAAAGAUGGCAACACCACGCAACAUUACAAGAUGCCGACAUUCCAAAUCGAGAAGUUCGAUGAUUAUGCGCAUCAAGACCCGGUCCUCUGGUGGGAGGGCUUUACAAUGCAACUUCGGAUUCUGUUCGUCGCCAAGCACGCGUACAUCGGCGCGUUGUUCCUCAACUCAAAGGGCGGAUGCCAGAUUUGGUUGAGCCACCUGGCAACCGUCCACGGCGUCGACAUCGCAAAUCUGAAAGACAAAAUCUCUUGGGAAGAGUUAACACGGCUAUGGAAGAAGCGAUUCAUCAUGGACGAUGCCCCGACGCUCGCCAUCAACCGCCUCUUCGCUAUGACGCAAGGCAACACAGCAACACGCGACUGGCUCACGGAAUGGCAAAAGAUCGCGGCGACCCUCGAGUUCCCAUUUUCGCAUCUGCGCCGAGAGUUCUACAAGCGGUCAUGUGCCGCCUUGAGUCUUGCACUUGGUGAUCGCGAGCAAUACACAACCUUCGCUGAAAUCAUCGACAAGGCAAGGGAGAUCAUCAAGACCAAUAGGGCAGCUGCACGUGAGAAAUCAGCAUGGCAGCCAACCUAUGUGGAGAAGGUGAAAACUGGUCCGCGACCGCAACAUGUCGUUGCAGUCCAAUCGGACAACAUUGUGGAAGACCCGACAGCCACCCAAGCAUCACGUGAGGGAGAUCAGGUGGCUGAUGUCCAACCGCGAAGCAACAAGUCCCGAGGAAACGGGAAGGCGAAAAUCGCAUCGCCGACCGGAAACGGACAGCCAGCACCAUGUGUCAAGUUUCACUUGACCGAGGCGGAAUACAACUGGCGAGGCCGCUAUGGCUGCUGCUAUUGGUGCAACACCACCAAGCACAAGACCUCCCAAUGCCCUGAUCAAGGCAAGGAGGAUGUUCGGCCUCCCCCUCACGGAGUAGUACCGGAUCGGCCCAUCCGCCACGAGAUCAUUCUCGAGGACGGGGCUGUACCUCUGCGUGGUUGCAUCUACCCAAUGAGCGAGGAAGAGUUAAGUGUGCUACGGGCACAACUCGACGACCUUCUGGAGAAAGGCUGGAUUCAGCCUAGCUCAUCGCCAUACGGAGCUCCCGUUCUUUUCGUCUGGAAGAAGAACAAGGAUUUGCGGUUGUGCAUCGAUUAUCGCAAGCUCAACGCGCAAACGAUCAGAAACGCCGGCCCUCUUCCACGCGUCGACGACCUCCUCGAGCGGCUGGGCGGCGCCAAGUUCUUCUCCAAGCUUGACCUCAAGUCGGGAUAUCACCAACUCGAGAUUCGGCAGGAGGACCGCUACAAGACCGCGUUUAAGACGCGAUAUGGGCAUUUUGAAUGGCUGGUUAUGCCAUUUGGCCUUAUGAAUGCCCCGACCACUUUCCAAGCGGCUAUGACAACGGAGUUCCGACACAUGGUGGAUCGAUUCGUACUUAUCUACCUCGAUGACAUCCAGGUGUACAGCCGGAGUUUGGACGAGCAUGUGGAACACCUGCGCACCGUUUUGGAGCGGCUACGACAAGCCAAGUACAAAGCCAACCGCGACAAAUGCGAAUUCGCGCGGUAGGAGCUGGAGUACUUGGGACAUUAUGUGACGCCGCAAGGCAUCCGUCCACUUGCGGACAAGAUCAAGGCCCUCCGCGUAUGGCCCGAGCCCACCAACACC